UGCGGACCGAGCGGCGCGGGAGGGUGCGGAGCGGAGGCGGAGCGCGGCGAUGUGCAGGAUGUCGUUCAAGAAAGAAACACCACUUGCCAAUGCUGCGUUUUGGGCUGCAAGAAAAGGAAACCUGGCUCUCCUCCAGCUGCUGCUGAACAGUGGGCGAGUCGAUGUGGACUGCAAAGACAGCCUUGGCACAACAGCUCUGAUGGUAGCAUCUUACUAUGGCCACAUAGAUUGUGUGCGGGAAUUGGUGUUGCAAGGAGCAGAUAUCAAUCUGCAGAGAGAGUCAGGUGCAACUCCUCUGUUCUUUGCUGCACAGCAAGGCCACAAUGAUGUAGUGAAGUAUCUCUUUUCAUUUGGAGCCUCCACUGAAUUUAAGAAUAAAGAUGGAGGUACAGCUCUCCUGGCUGCCUGUCAGUACGGGCAUGCAAAAGUAGUGGAAACUCUGCUGAAGCACGGCGCCAACAUUCACGAUCARCUCUAUGAUGGAGCUUCUGCAAUUUUCCUGGCGGCACAAGGAGGCUAUCUGGAUGUCAUCCGAUUGCUGCUUUCUUCUGGAGCAAAGGUUAACCAGCCACGGCAGGAUGGGACAGCUCCCYUGUGGAUUGCCUCGCAGAUGGGUCACAGUGAAGUGGUGCGAGUGAUGCUGCUCCGGGGCGCUGAGCGCGACGCCGCACGGGAUGAUGGUACCACUGCUUUACUGAAGGCUGCCAUUAAAGGCUACAACAAUGUGAUAGAAGAGUUGCUGAAAUUCUCUCCCACGCUUGGCCUGCUGAAGAAUGGGACCUCUGCUCUCCACGCAGCCGUCCUGAGUGGCAAUGUGAGGACAGUGGCACUGCUCCUUGAGGCAGGAGCAGAUCCAUGCCUGAGGAACAAGGCAAAUGAACUGCCAGCAGAACUAACAAAAAAUGAACGCAUCCUCCGACUCCUUCGUGCAAAGGAAAAACAAAGGAAAAGCUAAUGCAGCCUUGUAGCAGAUGCAGUUUAACAGAGAUGUGCCCUGACCACAAGUAGCAUGACAGCGAUCCUAAGUUGGAACAGUUUACAGAACUGAUUAGCCUGUCCAGUACACGCUCCCUGAACGCACCAGGCCCUUGCCACAGGGUCACCAUGGGCUGGGGCCCUCGCCCGGCAUCACUGAAUGCAGGACCAUGAUGAGAGCAGGGGGUGGCCCAGGAGCUGCGUUUGCACUGCAGGACUGCCUGUCCUCCAGGAUCCCCCCAAUCCCAGCACCCCCGUUUGCUCCCCCAUGCAUCCCGGCUCAGGCAAGCACUCCUGCUGCUGCAGACACAUCCUCACACAAUCCUGGCCACACACCUGUAACAGUGUGGGUCGGGAGCACUCAGCCCUCCUGCUGGAAGGAUGCCCAGACCUUGCAGCUGUUUGGAUUCAGUUGGUCAUGGAGUGGCCUCAUGAUGCCUCUGCCUUCCCUUUGCUGACUGUGACCAUUCCUCUCUACCUCCAAGAGCCACGUGAGACUAGAGGUGAGAUCCCGCCUGAGCCAUCACAACAGCAAAAGUUCUGCCAGCCUAGUGCGGAGGUAACCUAUUUGUUACUACAUGAAGCUCCAGAAAAAUGAUCAAGAGUAUUACAAAUGAUGUCAAAACCUACCAACCAAACAAAAAGCAAGGGGAUGUUCUCUCAGUUGCACCAUCUUGAUCUGCCAAUCUGUCCAGCAACAGAAACACAGCGGAGCAGUUGAUUUUGAAAUGCCUACAUAGCAUAUGGGGAUCCUUCCCCAAACUUAUGUGCAUUUUUUGUGGGUGGAAGAGGUCUGGUUGCUGAGCAAACUAACCAGGGCAUUUUUCCACAGGUGCAAGUAUAUGAAAAAUUCAGCUGUCAGGCAUAACAAACAGCACAGAUGCUAUACAAGUGGUAUUUGUAUGUUCUGCAUCCAAAUAUGUGACACUAUGGUUUAGUACCCGCACCUACUAUGCAAAGCACUCAUUCCCCAGGUCUGUGACAGGAGCUAAGGGAGAAGUGCACAGUGUACAGGUGUUUCAACAGUUGGUGAGAGGGUUACACAUUGCCAUACCCAAGCAGGCCCACUAAUUAAUGCAGACAUGGAAAAUAAAGUCUGAAUAGSAGUUUUGGCCUUUGUUGUGGUUAAGAUACUUUGACAUGCUACUAGCACCUGUGUGGGGAAGGCAGUGCAAAUUGCAGGUGGUUUGUGAAGAGCUAUGUUUUACCCAUAUUGCUCUAAGACACCCCAUUAAAACCCUGUUGUUUUAGUAAUGAAAACAGUAUAUACCAUGUCCUGUUAGCCACAAAAACAUUAGAGAUGAAUUUAUAGUGAGUUGAGGUAAAARGUUAGUUAAUACAUAAAUCCAGGCACUUCACUUGUUUUCAAACCUUAGCAAAUUACUGAAGAAUUGCUUUAAAUGUUGAAGACAAGGAAGAUUGCAAGGACAUAAAAUAAUUAAUGCUUAAGAAAUGUCUGCCUAGGAUUCAGCUGAACUGCUGCACUUUUGCUUUSGUGAGUUGAAAGGAAAUCUUUAGGUGAGCUAGCACAAAUGAAUGUAGCUUACGUAUUGCAAAUUAGCCAUAUGUAUUAUCAAAUGACAAAGUUAUUCUUUUUGCGAAUAAGUUAGGUAAGAAGUCAGUGUUCUGGUGAAGAGAACAGAACUGGGUGUACCUUUUCUUGCAUGCUGGAAUUGCUAUUCAAUUUUUAUUCUGCAUUAAAUAGGAAAGCUUUACGUUUUCCAACAAUGAAAUAAGAAAAAAWUAUUUGUUUAAAUAAUUUAUGCUGCUGUAUUUUUAAAUUAAAAUAAUGUUGUGCCUAACAGAAACUUGCAGAUGAACUGGUACAGAACCAAAGAAUUAUGCAAGAUGCUUAGAGGAUGACUGUAUCCAGGGUUUAAGUUCUGCAAAAGACUAAAAAAGGCUGAGCAUGCAGAAAUCUCAAGAGCCUUAUUGGGAAUUUAAAUUGCACAACAUUACAAGGGACUGCUCUCUAACUUGUUUAACAAAUGACACUGGAGAGGAUGAGUUUAUUUGGAGCCUCCAGUGGGCUGAAGAUGAACAUACUAUUGUGAACAGUAGAGGGACUCUGUGCAGCCUGGUCUCRAUAUUGAGGUUUCACACUAAAUUUUAUACAGAUCAACAACUGGCAACAACCACACUCUCAAGGUGAAAAGCUCUUCAUAUUUGUAAAAGAGGAGAAUAAUCGUUAGAACGUCUUCAGUAGCUAUGCAAUAAAUACUCUUAAUAUCAGACAGGCUGUAGUAAUCACACAGUCCUCCUAAAAAUGUGGAAGYGUCCACUGUUGGUGAGGUUCUCCCAUUUUUUCCUGAUAGCAGAGCACAGGAGAGAGGACAAGGCAAGCCAACAGCWGCAACAGCUGAAGUAAGGAAGCUGAGACAACAAUAUGCAGGUGUCCAGUGUUUACAGGUGGCCCUUCCUUUCUGCCAGGUGUAUUUUCUUGGGAGAGUCUCAUCCCAAAGGGAGCAGUUACUCAGCAAAGAGCCUCUUCAGCUGUGCCUGUCCAUGGGAAGAUGCAUGUCUGCUCCUCACCACUUAGAGUAGGACUUUCCAAGGAUGUGUCCAGCUGUCUCUGUGAAUGGGCACUGCAGCUGGGGAUCUCAUGAAACAUAUGAAGAACACCUCGGUUCGUAUGUCCCAUACAGAGCAUCUGCUGACCUUCUGAGAGGAUGCGGUUACAAGUCUAUUUUUUUUUUUUUUUUUUGAGUGAUCUUGUGCUAUGAUGGACUUUUCUUAUUUCUAAACAUUUGAAACGUGGGGCUAGCACAGGUUAAAGAGAGAGAUUUGUUGCUCUCUUCUUACUCUCAUUAGUGCUGGCUGAUACAAUACACAGGCUGUCUGAGGGGCUACAUGGUGGAGAACAGGCAGAGAAGUCUUUCUCUGUCCCAGUCAGGCUGAAGUUGAAUCUAGCUUCAGCAAAAACACUAUUCAACAAAAAUGAGACUUWUGGAAUGGAAACCUUCCUAUCAGGAGGAUUUGUUUUAUCUCAGAGCCUUUGGAGAGAGGGAUGGUUUCAAUUUUGGGCUCCCUGUAACCCAAAGGUGCUUAUUCUGCCUGGAUAUGGGCUUGAAAGUUGCAAUACUGUUUAUCACCAUGCAAUUAAUGUUUUCACAAAGAAACCUUAAUAAUUCUUUGUAUUUAUGUAGUUGUUGUUAUCUUUGACGUGUUCAGUAAAUACUGCUGUGGUUUGUUUGUUGUAUUAAAACGGAAGCCCGUUUUCCCUU